AUGUAUUUAUUAAAAAUAGUCUUAUUAUUUAUAUCAAUUAAUGUAUCAUAUUCAAAUAUAAAUAUUUCAAUCAAUAAUCGAACUGGUGAAUAUAAUCUAACUGUUAAUAAUCGUUUAUGGCUUCGUUCAUCUUAUACAAGUUUAUAUACUAAUAAUCAAUGGUUUACAUCAGAAAAUCAGUCUCUUCAUUUAAUUGAUUCAAUUUUUAAACAAGGCUAUGAUGUAUUAUUAGGAGAUUGGAAUGAAACAAUAUUUAUUUAUAAUUUUAAUUUAAAUCGAACAUCAAUAAAUAUAACAGGAACAAUUCGUCAAUGGAAACUAAUACCAGCAAUAAAUUUCUAUUUUCAUAAUGAUUUUAUCGAUUUAAAUAAUGAUAUUUUACUUAAUUGUGAUCAAGUGCGAACUGUUUUUCCUUCUUUUUAUAUUGAAAAAAUUGAUCAAGAUGAUCAUAGAGCUUAUUUAACAUUUGGAGGAAUGAUGAUGGGUGAACUUGAAAAACAUGCUGGACUAUGGAAUAAUCAAAGUAAAUUUCUAAAAAUCGGUAUGAGUGGUGGUCCAUUAAUUAUAUUUAAUUCAACUGAAUAUGGCCAAAAUGAUUCCAUUAUUAUUUCAUCAUUGUCUGAAUUUAUGUCAACUUCGUUAUCAAUUAAUAAAAAUAUAUUAGAAUAUGGAUUUAUUGGUUCAAUUAAAUCAAUUCCAAGUAAUUCUACAAAUUCAUUAAUAAUAUAUUAUUCAUCUGACGGCAUUAAUCAACUUAUGGAACAAUGGGGUAGUUUAAUGCAAAAAAUAUUUAAUCGAACAAAUAAAUAUCGUUUAAAUGAUCUAACUAUCAAUUAUCUUGGUUAUUAUACAGAUAAUGGAGCUUAUUAUUAUUAUAAUACAGAAUCUCAAAUGAAUUAUGAACAAACAAUAAUUAAAAUAAAAGAAAAUCUUACAAUUCCAAUUCAUUAUCUUCAAUUAGAUUCUUGGUGGUAUUAUAAAGGUUUAGGCGAUGGUGUUAAACAAUGGUUUGCUCGUCCAGAUAUAUUUCCAAGUGGACUUAAAGGAUUAAAUGAAAAGUUAAAUAAUUUUCCAUUAGCUGCACAUAAUCGUUAUUGGUCAUCGGACACAAUUUAUCUGAAUAAAUAUAAUUUUAUAAUUGAUUAUUUUAACUUAAAAAGUCUUCCAUUAGGCAAUGAUUCAUUUUGGAUUGAUUUAUUUAAUAAUUCAACAAAAGAUUUUAAUCUAAUAUUAUAUGAACAAGAUUGGAUGAACCAUCAAACAGUUGAUUUUAUUCCAUUAUGCCAAUCAAUUCAUCUCGGUAAACAAUGGUUAACAUCAAUGGGUUAUGCAGCUCAUCUUUUUAAUAUUAAUAUACAAUAUUCAAUGAAUCUACCACGACAUGCACUUCAAGCUUUAGAAAUCGAUCGUGUUACACAAGCAAGAGUAUCGGAUGAUUAUUAUAUACAUAUUAAUAGACAAAUUCCUCAAUGGAAUAUAGGUGUAUCGUCAAUGUUAGCUAAUGCUAUUGGAAUAGCUCCAUUUAAAGAUGUUUUUUGGUCAAAUCAAUAUCAACCUGGUGCUCCAUAUAAAACAACAGCUCAAGAAGUUUUACCUGAUAGAGAAAUUUUAAUUGCAACACUUUCAACUGGACCAGUGGCUUUUGGCGAUGGAAUUAAUUAUGUUGAUAAAGAACGUAUUAUGAGAUGUUGUCGUCAAGAUGGUCUUAUUUUAAAACCUAAAAAACCUUUAACAAUGAUCGAUAUAGCUAUUUCAGAUUGGGCUCUUCAUCACGGAGUUAUACAAGGAGAACUUUAUUCAACGAAAACAAUUAUAAAUAAUGAAAUAUUUUCUUUUAUAUUUGCAUCAUCAAUGAAACGUAACUAUUCAAUAGUUCCUUCAAUGAUUCGUUCAUCAAACGGAAUUCUUUGGUCAUUUGAUAAUCCGUAUAAAAUAAAUUAUUUCGAUGAAAAUCAUUCACUUGAAAUAUCAAAUAAAAUAUGUAAUUUAACGUCAUUUUGUCUUUGGUAUUCUUCACCUAUUUGGUCUUUCAAUGAUUCUUCAUCGACAAAAUAUUCUUUCAUGGGUGAAAUUAAUAAAUGGACAUUUAUUAGUCAGCAACGAUUUUCUUCUUUACAUACAAAUGUUGAUAAUACACAAAUGACAAUUAUAGUUCAAGGUGUAGUCAAUGAAAUAGUCGACAUUUUAGUAUAUCAUUCAAAAUUUCAAUCCAUUAUUCAUGUUAAUUGCCAUUUUUAUAUUGAUCAUUUAAUAGCUCAGCUAAUUAUUAAUUCUACAAAUGUUAUUUGUUUAUAA